UUUUUUACAGCAGCUCCACCAGGAUACUGUAGGAGCUUUGACGGAUCACUGUACAAGAUUGGCGAUACGUGGAAACCAAACCCACUGGAAACUUGCAGUUGCACUCCCUCCCAAUUUAUAGCAUGCUCUAUUAUUCAGCCACCCAUUGUGAUAGCCUGCAGGGACAGCAGUGGGAACACGAGAAAACCCGGCGACACGUGGCUGGAUAAUCCCCAGUCGAAAUGUAACUGCACAAAAGGCAAUUUCGUAAUGUGCGAUAGAUUGCAUGAGCCAAUGUGUCAAGAUAUUAGUGGAGUAUUUCGAAAGAAUAUGGAUAAAUGGGCGAAAGGUUCUUGUCUGGAAUGCGCUUGCAUCAAUGGUACCAUCAAUUGCAAUCAAACGAUUGUCAAUAUAACGUAUGGGUUAUUUAACGCCUCAGUAUUUCCGAUUUCGGAACUCUACGCAUCACAAGCACCACAAACCUCAAGUGCUUGCAAAGGUAAUCUGUAAAUAUAUUGGUUCGGAACUAAGUGUUAAUCAGAGACUUGAAAUUUGGUACAUCCAUGAUUUUCUUUCUAUUCUUUCUAUGAAACGUUUUUGGACCUUGGCUAAAACAUUCUUCUUGAGCUAUUACGGCGGGCACUAAGUACGGUAUGAGUAUUCUAAAAUGAAAGCAUUCAUUAUACUUCAUAAACAAACAUAUUCGAUGUACACUUCAAUCAAGAAAGGUCUCUUUCCUCAAUACAGCGGUAUAUGGAUGUGCGCUAUACUUUUUCCAUAUAAUUGUCUUGACAAUCUUACUGUUAAGAACAGCCAAGACAAAAUAUUUCAUAUGUCACAUUUUGGUCUAUUUUACCCACACGUGACAGUAACAUCGGUAUAUAAAAAAACGACGCUUAAAAAGAUUAUUUCAAAAUUAAAUAACUUAGUUGUUCGCUUUAUUUCAGCCUUCCAUGAUAAUAAAGGCCAGUUAAUCAGAUGCGAACGCGAGGGCCUUUUUAUCCGCGACAAUCAUCGCUGUAAUGGAAUUGAAGAAUGCCCGGAUGGAUCAGAUGAAAAAGGGUGUGAAAAUGGUGAGUUUUUAUGUUUCUGUUGUUAUCAUCUUCAUGGAAUCUAAUUUUUCUAGAGUGACUCUCUCUCUCUCUCUCUUAGCUUUACCAACAUGAAUCAUUGGCCCGGCGGGGGGGGGGGGAGGGGGGAGGUGUGCACUCCAUUCUCCCUUAUAUAGCCUGUACGGGGAUUUGCCGCUGGACAGGGUAUGGUUUUCUCUCUUAGUGUCCUACACAGGAUAUAUAAUUUCAAGUGAGUCUGUCAGCAUACACGUUUUAUUCGCUAAAUAAAUUUAGUUUAUACUCCAAGCAUACAAAACAUAAUAUAUAGAUUUAUCCAGGGUUGAAAAAAAACAAAUUUGCCCGUGCAGAACACUUUUUUGGCACAUUUCUUUGCGUUGUUUUGCACGACUACAACGUUAAACGUACAGAAACUUCUUAGUUACACUUUUAAUGGAGGAAAUGUGGUACGCGUUCUCGUUCACCUUUUUUCAGUUUUUACGUUGCAUUUGAUUGGUGGCCGCUAGCAUUUCUCAUUUUGUCACCACCGCUACAAAAUGUUCAUGUUGUUCUUCAAACGAAAAAAUGUCUCCUUUUUUUAUCUCUCACUCCAGAUCUCUCUCGCCCUUUUUCUCUUUGAGCUUCGCUGGCCUGCCGCCUACUUUCUCUUUUCCUUUGUCUUUGUCUUGCUCUAUAUUCCAAAUGGCAAUUUAUAUAAGCCAAGAGACUAUAAAGGGGACAGAGAGGCCAUCCCCCAUAUACACCCUAUUCCAUAGGUAAUUCGUCUCGAGUUAUUUUUAACACCACAGAUCUCAAGGGGGAUUAGACAACAGCCAAUCACAUAGCGCGAAUGUGUUCCGCGUGGAUGACCCACGUUGAGAGCCACGCGUCCUUCUCGAAAUGACGCAGAACAAAAUGGGGGAAAACGCGGAGAGCGAUUUUGCUAUUCCUUUUGUCGACGAAAACGACUACAGCGAGAUUUCUGCGAAAGCUGUGUCAGGGAAACCGAAAUUAAAAAAGAAUCGCCCUUCCUCUCUUGUAUAGAGCUAACAGUAGAGCAGGGAAAUCCUUAACACACUGAAUAUUCUCUCAGGAUCAUUUAUAAUUUACAGUUUGAAGAGAGCAAUUUCUGGUUUGAUGUUUAUUUUUUUCAGUCUUUAUAGCGAUUAUUCCUACCCACCUACUUUGUCAACUGUAGGCGAACCCUCCUAAAGCUGAAUUUCAAGGGACCAUAUUCAAGCUCAGAAAGAGAAAUAAAAUUUCGUCGUUGCUUAUUUACGUCCUCCAUAAAACGCGAAAUUAGGCAUUUUCACGUCGUAGUCGUGCAAAAACGGGAAAGAAAUGAACAAAAAAGUGUGUUGCACGUGCGAAGUUGUUUUUUUGCUAAUUAAACCUAUUGUUUUUUUGAUGUUCUAGUUGUCGUCCGCGUCGUUGGAUCUUAAACUCCCUAAAUUGUACAAACGACCGGUUUCAAUAGACCGGCGAAAUUUCUCAUUUUAUUAAAGCACUGAGGUUACGACAACUUCGAGUUAAACUGAUUUCACGGGUUGUCAAAGAGUCCAGCGAUUCCUUUUUCCCAGGUGAGCGCCGACUCAUUUGGCUUCAAUAUUCAUGAAUGUUCUCGAUCUUUUUACGCUUUCAUUGCCUCUCGCCCGACAUGUUUUGGUCAUGCGAAACCUCCACGAAACAUCCACGCCUCGCGCGAGGUAACUUUAUCCCGAUUCUAAAAAUAACUCGAGACGAAUUACCUAUGGAAUAGGGUGUAUAUGGGGGAUGGCCUCUCUGUCCCCUUUAUAGUCUCUUGUCUAAGCUUAAUACUUUAGACAACACGGAUACAGAAACAAUUUCUGCUUUCCGUUUUCGUCUUUAUUGAUUCUUUAGUUGUCUCUGCUUUACAAGACGCAGGUGGCUAUGCGAUUUCCCGCCAAAAUAACCUCGAAUUGCAUUUGGGUUGCCAUACCUCUUGAUUGAGUUAUUUUACAUUGGUUUGCCUGUGGUGCGGACAGACGAUCGGGCGGGCGGGAGUACGGUCACGUGAUUACCAAAUUUUCUCGGAUGGGUAGAUUACUUCAUUUACUUACCUAUGAUGUUCCAUUGCGCAAAACCAAAGACCAUUACGUGAACUUGCCCUAUUGCAAUUGCCAUUAAAUAGUUUUAAAACCAGACGGCCUGCAUUUCGUCCUUUAUCCUUAACAGGAUAUUUAAAUAGGAUUUUUUUUAGCAAAACUUGUAAUAAGAAGUUACUAUUAUUAUGCCUAUGUUAUAGUAGAAAAACCACACAAAUAGAAGUACAUACCUAAAAAAACUGCUCCCCACAUCGACAUGCGCAUUUAUCUCGAAAAACGCGGUGCCUACAGUACACACCCAAAAACGGAGCGCGUUUGGAGGGAGUACAUUGAGCAGCUAUCAAAGACACAAAUGUCUAAAAUGGACACAAGGGUAAUAAAGUCCAGUCGGUAAGAAAAUUUGGAACCAAAUGAAAAGAAUGCUUUUUCCUUACUUAACUUUGGGAUUAAGUGGGAAUAAAAAUUUUUUUCAAGCUAAUAUGGUGAUUUCCAAGAUCUUUUCCACGUUUCACCACCUCUGGUGCUGGUAGACUCUUCCUAAGUGCUAUUUGUUCUUUCUUCAUUAAUUAUUCAGUUAUCCACUUUUACGAAUGGUCUUAAUGCAUUUAUUAAGAUAAGUAAAGAGUAAACAGUGUAGCAAACAGGUAUUAAAGGAUUACAAGCCACUAUGACGAUUCAGUAUGAAGACUGUAUGCAAAAACAAUAAAUGAAACAAUUCCUUUUUGAUCUCUGUUGUGGGCAAAUCGCGUACCUCACACUUGUAUGUUUAUCUAAGCUAUCAACACCUAUGCAAAAAAUUGGCAAAAUAAGGCAUCUAAUAUUUUGCUUCAGCCAGUAGUGAAAAUAUUUUGCACGUUUUCCUCAGAAAAGGUAUAACAACCGAUUGAUAACAUAUCCGAUCUUCUUAAACUACAAUCUAUGGACUCACGGUUAUUUAAUUGGGGGAGGGAGGAUGGGGGCUCUAAUGUCGGUUGUCUAACACUUACCUCGCCAUACAGAGAACCUCUAUGCGCACAUACUAAUUGUCUAGAAUUAUUUUGUUAUCAUAUUCUAGAGAUUUGCAAGGACGAAGAAGGUGGUACUUUCCUGAUAAACGAAAGCUUAAAGGGAUGGAACGUUUCUCCUUGUCUCAGUUGCCAAUGCAAAGAUGGCUUAACAACAUGUAAAAGAGACCUAACCAUUAACUUUCCAGGAUAUUUCCGGGGUAUGUAUAGCCUUGAACAGAACUGUACUCAACCAUCAUGCAGCGUUCUGAAGUUUAUUCAAGAAAACAAAGAUUGGUGUCAUGGUAAGAAAUUCAAGUAACAAAUCUCCAUGGUCUACACUGACUACACUAGACCCGUGGAACUGACGACAAAACGUUCAAACCUAAAGUGAAACCACAAGCCCCAGGCAAGUGGUCUCACUUCAAAGUUCUCAACAGUUUGUCAUCACUCCCAAGUUCUAGAAUUGUAUAGACCAUGGAAAAUUGUCGUCUAUUGCCUUUUACAAUAACGUAGCCAUUUCCGGGGAAAUUCCUUGGAAAAUUGGGCUAGAAAAAUAGGAAAAAAAUCAUGGUGUAAUUACGCCAUUUUCAUGGUCUUUUACCCUCAUAGACCAUAGCUCUUGGCCAACCAGUGCGCGAAAAAUCUCUCUUUAGAAAGAGUUUAGGGUUGGUUUAAUAAUCUCUACAAACGAAUCCUGGUUCCAUUGUAUGAUUAUGUGGUUCUGAUUUAACAUUUAAAAUAUGUGUUCGGUUGCAUGGAGUUACUAGAAAGCUUAAGCAAAGACGACGGCGACGACAACGAGAACCGCAAAAAAACAAUUGGUUUAGAUUGCCAAAAAACUAAUUUGCACGUGCAUCACGAUUUGUGCCGUACAUUUCGUGGUCGUCACUGCCGUCUACGGUGAGAAAUUUCCUAAUUUUACGUUUCAUUGAGGACGUAAUCACAAGACAACGACUUCUCUUUUCUUUUUGUGAACUUAGAUACAGUCCUUCAGAAUUCAACUCCUGCAAAAAAUCAACAACAUUUGACAGAUUAAAAGAGAUGAAAUAAGAGCGAUAAAGUUUGAAACAGCUCAAAUUCACUUUUUGUGUGACGUUUUCGCUGCCGUUGCCGCCAUUGUUGCUUAAGCUCUCUAUGGUCAAAUGGUCAAAUAACAAGAGACCCUGCACAAUUGCCGAAUGUUUUUAAUGACUUUUUUUCUACUGUUGGACCAAAGCUGGCGUCUAUGAUUCGCACAUCAAAUCACCACUUCUCCGGCUUCUUGCCCCCGCGAUAGUUCGCAAAUUCGUGCAGUCAUUUCACAUGGAAACCUCACAUUGACAAUGCUGUAACAGUAAAAACCAUUGGCGUUACUGCAAGACUGAGACAUUUUGUCCCCCAGAGUACUCUUCUCAACCUUUAUAGAUCUUUAAUCUUCCCGUAUUUGUCUUAUGGCCUCAUAACCUGGGGUCAGGUUUCUAAAUUACACAAGAUUUUAUUGAACGAUUUCACACCGGAAUACCUUGUGACGUAUUUACUCGUUCCAGACAAAUACAUUCAUAUAACACAAGAUCAGCUUCUGCUGGACAUUUCCAUAUAAAACCGUCUAGAUUAAACAUUAUGCGGAAUUCUGUUUUUGAAUAUGCAACAAUCAUUUAAAAAGUAAUACUAGCAAACUCUCUCUUAAAAUGACUACGCAUACAAUAUUAAAAGUAGUAAUAAAUUUAUCAUAUACAAUUACUUCUGCGACUUAAAUAAUUUCUUGCCAAAAAUACCUUAAAAUAAUACAGAAAAAAAAUAUUCAAACCAACAAAAAGUAUUGAAGGUGCUUAACUUAUUCGUUUUUCCAAGCGGUCGAGUUGAUACAGAACAGGGGAAUUAUCUUUGAGGGCCAAACUUGGAAGUUCGAAGGAUGUACCUUUUACUUCCCUGGAGUACGUAAUUCAGAAUACUGUCCCUCGAUGACCAGACCUGUCUGUUAUGUAUACAAUGGAGCUAUCUGUUGUGCUUCAGAAUGCUCAGGUAUUUAUUUUUUGCGUUUCUUCUUGAACAAACCGCUGCGGCUAGACCUCCUCCAAUUUGUGGGGUUUGAGUAAUUCAACAGGUCCAACUGACCACUUUUAAUUUUAUUAGGGAAACUCUAAUAUUAACCAUUUGGAAAACAUCCAAGCAGUGACCGCGUAUGCUUAGUAGAAGUAACCGUUUAUUAGGGUCAAAUUUACAGUAAAUAUGGCAGGCAAAUUUCGGAAAAAUGAUAGGAGGUUUGACUGAUUGGAAUUAAUAGAUUGACUCCAAUUAUGUCCACCUUCUAAUUAACACGAAAGAAUUAAUUGCAGUCAUACAGGUGUCAGAUGUAGUCUAUUAUCCAUCAGGUAGGGGCUGGAAAACUGGCCUCCAAAACAAUGGAAACAUACACGUUUGUGUGGUUACAGGGGACACACUUUUCAAAGUAACGUGCACUGAAAUGGAGUUUUGUUUUCAAGUUUUGAAUACCUGUGGUUUGGUCGAUCAUCUCUCAAAAGAAUUCUUUCGGAGGUGAUGCUGAAAUUUAUCCUUUUCAUAUGCUCUUUUAUGAGAUACUGAGGGCAUCUUAAAUUUGAAAACAGUUUUUUGGGGGUGACGUCAAAUGGCCAAAACAAACACGUCUAGGCAAAAAAGGUCUACUCAACCCGUCUUUAAGAGUGGCUAAUAUAACUGAGUUAUCAAACUGAUCAUUUCCUGUACUAUCCACCUCUUUCUCAAGUGUUGCAGCAGAUAGGAAGUCAAAUGAGAGGAAACCUGACUUACUGUCCCAGUGGCCGUCAGCUGGAUUCAGAUAGCUCUCGAUGCAGAAAUUCUUCCAAUUGCUCACAAAAUCUUAAUAUUGAUAAUUGUUUGUCAGGUGAGUGUUCAAUCUGCUAUCUUGUUAACCUCCAACGAGGUUUUUAGAUACUAGUUUGUGUUGCAUGAACGUUUUGCAUAUCUGGGGUCUACUUUCGCCGUAACAAUUUUGAGGGUGUCUAGAGUUUACUCACGGAAAAUUUUUGGGACUAACUUUUGCUGAUUUUUUAGUCCACGCAAUAAAAUAUUGAGAGGCGCCUGUGAUCACUCUUUGAGCUACGGUUCGCUCGACCUAGAGAUAUUUCACUCAGGUCUUUUACAAUUUUGAAGAUUAUACAUCACAGCUCUUACAGAGGACUGACGACGAAGCAAAAAAGUUUCACCCAUGCAUCCUGUCAUGCUCAAUAAAACUCUAUUCUCUUAGGGGCCGACCAUUUAACUCUUGGGGGGGGGGGGGGUAAUUUUGAAAAAAAAUUCUUGCAAGCGCUUGUAAAUGUAAUAGAAAGCUUAUGGGGAAAAAAGGGAAAAAAUAUCCUGCCCACCAGAUUGCUAGAAGAAAAAUUCUUGAUGACCAGAAAUCACCCACCCCACCCCCCUCAAGAGUUAAAUGGUCGGCCCCUUAUUACGGUAUGAUAUCCGCUCAGGGUGCUAUUACUGAUUUCAACAAAUGUACUAUGAAAAUUUGAAAAACGUUCUACGGUAUACUGGAGCCAUAAAGGGCCAUUCCCACUCAGCUUGAAGGAGGAACUACACGAUAUGUAGCCCAACGCAGAUUUUCUUAAUGCAGCUCUGUUUUGCGUUCCUGAUAGGCUACACUGUAGAUGUUCUUUUAGACGCUCGGGCGGAUGUUUUCUAGGAAAAGCUCAAUGAUUGUUGAUUAUAUAUAAUCCAGUAACGCGAUUUUUACAUAAAAAAGAAAAGUUAUUUAUUGUUCAUUGGACGGAAGGGAGUAUUAAUGCGGAUUGAACGCCACUCUUUUGUUGUUACAUUAUAGUCACUGGUAAACUACACGCGCCUGCGCAUUAGGCCCCGUCUGGUCCUGUGCGGUCCUGUCAGACUAGCUGUUUUCACAACAAACCUUCAUUUGAUAAGACACAGUUUACUCCAUAUUGGCGGAGAGCGAUCUGUUAGUAAACUGGGAAAAAGUUUAACCCGCAAAAUUUUCUUGCUACACGGUAUCCAUAAGACAAAAACGAAUAAGCAUCAUAAAGGAUGAAAAAGUAGCAGAUGAAACCCAUAAAGAUAAAGGUUUGUGUACUUUAGGAGUCAGUGGAUAGUGAUGAAGUUUUCCACUUCUUCCUUCUCCGUUACAUUUAUUUUAUUUGUGCUCUUUUAUUAUCAGUUGUCACGUGUCAAGAUGAGGACUCUAAUCAAUAUUUUGAAGGGACCACGUGGUCUGUUGGUUCCUGCAUAAAGUGCUCAUGCGCGCAAGGAAAGAUUCAUUGUUCAAGAACAGCAGUUUUGAUAUCAUUCCUUCAGCUUUCGGGACUUGUGGUAGUUGCAAGUGAUCAGACAUUCAUUGAGUAUUGCAAUCAAACAAGUUGUAAUGUGGCUUCUUUUGUUAAAGCAAAUAAAGAAAUAUGUUAUGGUAAGUUUCGACAGAAACAGCAUUAACCACACUGCAGCAAGAUUAGCUCAGUCGGCUGAGCGCUUAGUUCACAGCAGCGCGGGAGAUCGCAGGUCCUAUUCCCGGGGCCGGACAAAUUCUCCAGGUCUUAAAAAUAGAGAUACUAUUUUUAUCAUACUGGAAACGGCUAGACCUUCGCCUGGCUCGGAUGACUAAGCUAUACAUAAAAUAGCGGUGCCUCUCCAGCAGCGGACGUAAAAUGCUAUCCUUAUUUAGUUUUUGAGUGCUAAAUACGUUGACAUUCAAAUAGAGUUCUUUUUUUCAAAACGGGGGUCGCGAGACAGCUUUCCAGCUCAUUUAGUUACUAUUGCCGAUUACUCUUCUUUCCUUGAGCACUAUGAAACUUAACGUUAGCGAAGAAAUUACUUAACAAAAUAGAAGCUUCUCUAGAUCGAAAAUUUUGCAUGCACUUGUUGUAAUUGGAGGUAAUUUACCUCAGAAGUGACUAAUGUGUUAAGUGCUGCAAUUAUGGUAAACUGAGGUUGNCCCCCCCCCCCCCCCCCCAUUUAUAAGCCCACUUAAAACCCCUCACGAAGUUGCAGGAGCCCAGAGUUUAUAAGCAGAGGUUUACGGUACUUCAGUAAUUUUAUUACGAGGCGACCAUGAGCGCUUUGACGAUUUUACAUCAGUCUUUUCAACCCAUGCAAAACCUCCUAUGGAUAAUUGUACUGGAGAGUGAUUUGUGAACUUUUCAAGCCCUUUCGAACCUUAAAGUUCUUAAAAUGGACAAAAAACCGUAAAAUUUUUAUUCAUGUAUUUUGGAAUUAAAUAACCAAAUUUUUGUUGGGGAAAUUAAUUGAAUUAAUCUACUUCAUGCAAUUAAGCUUGCAGAUGGAAUGGCAAAUUGUAUUACGAAGGCGACCAUUGGAAAGAAAAUGGCGUCGAGUUUUACUGCAUUAGUAUUUCAAGUCAAAAAGUGAGACCUGGCUGUUAUGUUGAAAACGGACGAAUUGCGUGCACUGGAGCAAUCCCAGGUUGGUUUUGUUUUGUUUGGUUUUUCACUAAUCUUUAUGAAGCCAAUGACUGUUUCUUUUUUUAACCCUGUGUUUCAGGUUCACUAGAUCAGUUCACACUUCUGCUCUACUGAACUCAGUGAACUUCAUUAAAAGUUCAAAGAAAAAAAGUUUUGGAGUUUUGGCAGAAUUUGUACGAGAAGUACGCGUCAAUUGGGCACUACAAUAAAAUGAUCAUAGACAUCCCGGCUUUUGCUGAUUUUCUGAUACGGGGACUGAUACCGACCCCAUCGUCUCAUUUAAAAAGGGAACAUUUACUGGACUUGGACAAGAGUCAUUUAAUUCACUGCUUUGGUUUCAGGAAUACAAAACUUGUCAUUAAUAUCAAGAGACGCUCUUUUUCUGUGCGACAGUGGUGAUGAGAUAAGAUCGCUCGGUGACAGAUGUAACAUUAAACCAGAAUGCGCCGACCUCUCAGAUGAGAAGGACUGUGACAACUGUAAGUGU